AUGGAAGGUGACGAAAAGCCAUGGGGCUAUAAAAUUCGUUCAUCUCGCUUAUUGGUCAACUCCACGAUCACUGUCGCCUUAUUCACAGAGACUUUCCUGGCGAGUUUCCUUACACCAAUCAUUGGAUAUAUGCUGGAGGAACGACUACAUAUCGACCCAUCGCAAACUCAGAGUUACACUACGUUGUUGCUCUCUAGCUAUGGAUUUGUUGGCCUUAUCUCUGCCCCGGCCAUUGCAUACUUUGCUGAAAGGAUGGUUAGUCAAAGGACGCCGCUCUUGAUUGCUCUUGCUGGAUGUCUGGUGGGAACUUUUAUGGUCGCCUUGACCUCAUCCUUUUGGGUCCUUUUCCUCGGUCGUGUCUUGCAAAGUCUAUGCGGUUCCGCUACUUGGGUGGUUGGGUUUGCGUUACUAGCCAGUAAUGUGGACAGAAAGAACCUCGGAUCAUCAAUGGGAACGGCAAUGUCAUUUGUCACAGCAGGAACUGUCGCAGGGCCAACACUUAGUGGCUCAUUACUACAGUUGUUUGGCUACUGGGCUGCAUGGGCGAUUCCUAUAGUCUUAUUGACUUUGGAUAUAAUCGGUCGUUUGGUCAUGAUUGAGCCCAAGAUUCAGUCUCCAAAUAUAUCCACUCCCAGCUCAGAUUUGGGGAGCAAGUCUUCUGACGCUACACCCAACAAUGACGAGGAAGCCUUGGACGAAUCGACCACCCUGCUUUCUAGUCCAUCUCCAACCUUGGAGCAGGGUGGUAGCACAUAUGCAUACUUCCGAACCUUCUUCUCUGAUUCUCGGGUUUUGGUAGGGUUGGCCAACAUCCUCAUUGUCGCCUCCCUUCUGUCGGGCAUUAACAAUACCCUCCCUGUUCAUCUGAGAGAAGCUUUUGGGUGGAAUAGCUUACUCGUAAGCGCCAUGUUCUUCUGCAUACAGAUUCCUAAUAUUCUUCUCGGCGGUCUCGCUGGAUGGCUUCGAGAUCGCCUAGGGUUACGGCGGCCCACCACUUUAGGUUGGCUGACCAUUGUCCCUCUGAUUUUGCUUCUGGGCGCUCCCGGAGAUCCGCGGUUUCCCUGGGCUAAAGGUGAUGCAGCAGGCAAACCUCUCUUUACUGGUUGUGCCAUUGCGUUGGGCAGUGUCCUCCCGCUUGUGCGCGGUGUAGGGGCUGUGCAACUAGCCUUUGUUGUCAAAGACUGGCAAGCUAAGGAUCCCCAUCUCUUCAAUCUGAACAAGAGUAAUUUACGAGUGUUUUCGGUAACUGAAACAAUCUUCAGCCUUGGAGGGAUGCUUGGGCCUUUGUUGACUGGCUCACUCUUUGAAAAACUCGGCUUUUUUUUACAUGACCGUAGUACUGGCUGCCGUUUGCCUCACUCAAGCGGCGGUUUCAUGGAUUUGGCUGGACAGCAAACCCUCGGAUCAGGGAAAUGA